AUGACCUCCACAAUCACCGCAGGAGGUGGACUAAAUGACAAUCUUACACCUUCCCCAUCCCGAUCUCCUACACCUACACCACAAGAUGUUGACGCGCUCGGCCAAAUCGAGACCCAAUACGUGCUCCCACCCCUCUGCACACUCUCCGAAGCCGACUACAUAUCUAUUCUACGCUCCAUAGGCGCGACUCGUCCCGAUGACCCAUCUCAGCCUGUCGAAAUAGCUUCUGGUUCACCCUUCUUCUCGCACCGGCACUUGCCUAAUGGUCUCUAUAAAGAAAUCGUCCGAACACGACAGAAUUUCCAAUUAGCUUAUUAUAUAUCCAGUAUCUUCUAUAGUCUCGCAUUAGUUCUUCAACUCCUCUUCGGGGCCGUCUUGACUGCUCUCGGAUCUUCUGAUGUCGCAAAACAUGGACUUGCGAUAACUAUAUUAGCCGCUGCUAAUACAGUGAACGCGGGGUUAUUAGCACUUUUCAAUAAUACGGGAAUGCCGGACAGAUUUUGGAAUGAUUGGAAUGAAUUUGAGGAUGUGGAGAUGUUUGUGAAGGAGUUGAUUGAGACGGGUUUGGUGGAUACGGACAAGAAGAAGGAGGAAGUGAUAGCAGGAUGCUUUGUGAGAUUUCAGACGGCGAAGUUGACGGUUAGAAAGAAUAAACCGGCAAGUUAUAAUGCGACGGCGAAAGAGGGACAAAAAGGGAAAUGA